AUGAGUGCCGCUCUUUCGUCCCAGAAUAUCAACGGGGUCUACAUCCCUUCAGCACUCUUACUUGUUGGAGUUGCUAUCGUGAAGAUCGAGUGGCUUCCCUACGCAGCAGCUUUCGCAGCUGUUGUCGGUGGAUACAAGGUCUUCACAAGUGGUCCAGCCAAACUCAGAAAGGCCUUAAUCCCAGACCAAUUCCAGGAUUUCCCUGUCACCAAGAUCACGAAGACCUCUCACAAUGUCGCCAUCUACCGCCUCGGCCUACCGAACCCAACCGAUAUCCUUGGCCUGCCCAUUGGCCAACACAUCUCCCUUGCGGCAACCCCUAAAGGAGCAGAAAAGGAGGUAGUCAGAUCAUACACCCCGAUCUCGUCGGAUGAAGACCAGGGUUACGUAGAUGUCAUGAUCAAGGCAUAUCCUCAAGGCAACAUCAGCGCCCACAUGACCACGCUGAAGGUCGGAGACACCAUCAAAGUCAGAGGUCCCAAGGGAGCCAUGGUUUAUAAUCCGAAUCUCGCAAAACGUAUCGGUAUGAUUGCUGGUGGAACUGGCAUUACUCCCAUGCUGCAAAUCGCUCGCGCCAUUGAACGGGGACGGCCCAGAAACGGAGGCACUGACACAACAAAGGUUGAUUUGAUCUUUGCCAACGUCAAUCCCGACGACAUCCUGCUGAAGGAAGAAAUCGACAAUCUGGCCAAGAUCGAUCCUGAUUUCACCGUAUAUUAUGUCCUAAACAACCCACCCGAGAAAUGGGAUGGUGGAGUUGGUUUUGUCACCCCGGACAUGAUCAAAGGCAAACUCCCAGCACCGGGGCCAGAUGUCAAGAUCUUCAUUUGCGGUCCUCCACCCAUGGUUAGCGCAUUGAAAAAGGCAACAGAAGGUCUGGGUUACCAGAAAGCCCGACCAGUGAGCAAGCUGGAAGAUCAAGUCUUUUGCUUCUAA